AUGGAGUGUAGUUUUUUCCAACAACGCUACAAUGCUAGAGGUACACCCGGUUUCACUCCCUUACAAAAAUGCACGGCCGCACUUCGUCAGUUAGCAUAUGGCAUUCCGCCUGAUGCGUUAGACGAAAGUUUUAGGAUGUCUGCUAGGAUCGCACGAGAUAGUCUCCAUUUUUUUUGCAAAACUGUGAUUCAGUUUUAUGGUCCAAAAUAUUUACGUAAGCCUACAUGUAAUGACAUCCUGAAAUUGCAAGCUCAUCAUGCUAGUGUGCAUGAGUUUCUUGGAAUGCUAGGAAGCUUAGACUGUCUCCAUUGGGCAUGGGAAAAUUGCCCUACAUCAUAUUUUGGGCAAUUUACCCGAGGUGAUCAUGGUCACCCAACGGUCAUACUUGAAGCAGUUACAUCACAAGAUAUGUGGAUUUGGCAUGUUUUUUUUGGUUCUCCUGUUUCGAUUAACGACAUCAACGUUCUUAAUCGUUCACCAAUAUUUAACAACAUAUACGAUGGAUCCGCACCAGAUUCUUCUUUUCAAGUGCGUGGAACGCCAUAUAAGUAUGCUUAUUAUCUAAUCGAUAGAAUCUAUCCUGAGUAUGUUGUGUUUGUUAAAUCGUUUACAGCUCCACAUGGUUCUAGACGAAAGAAAUUCAAGAGAGCUCAAGAAAGAGCUAGGAAGGAUGUUGAGUGUGCUUUUGGCGCUCUGAAGAAACGGUGGUUCAUAUUGAAAUGUCAUGUGAAACGGUGGUUCAUGUUGAGCGUGCUUUUGGCGCUCUCGGAGAACGACUUUAUGUAG